GCGGUGUGUUGUCAGAGUCACGCCUCACGCACCACGCGUCACACAGCACCAACCGCCAAUUCACCUUGUCCCAAGUCUUUUCUUGCCUCGUCUCCCUUAGUUGCCACCGUCCAUCUCAUACUCGAGCUCACCAUGCACACCAGCGAAUACGACUAUCUUUUCAAGCUUCUCCUCAUCGGUGACUCUGGUGUCGGAAAGUCUUGUCUUCUCCUCCGUUUCGCAGACGACACGUACACUGAGAGUUAUAUCAGUACCAUUGGUGUUGACUUUAAGAUCCGCACUAUUGAACUCGAAGGCAAGACUGUCAAGUUGCAAAUUUGGGAUACUGCAGGCCAGGAACGAUUCCGCACCAUAACGUCGUCGUAUUAUAGAGGGGCUCAUGGUAUCAUUGUUGUGUACGACGUUACUGAUAACGACACCUUUACGAAUGUCAAGCAGUGGCUACAGGAGAUAGAUAGGUACGCCUCUGAGGGCGUCAAUAAGCUACUGGUUGGGAAUAAGAGUGAUCUCACCAGUAAGAAGGUGGUGGAGUACAGUGUGGCGAAGGAAUUUGCCGAUCAGCUUAACAUUCCUUUCCUGGAGACGUCUGCAAAGAAUGCGACAAACGUUGAACAAUCAUUUUUGACGAUGGCGAAACAGAUCAAGGAUAGAAUGGGAUCGACCUCGACGCCUGCUGGUGGUGCCAAAUCGUCAACAGUCACACCAGGUCAAUCUGUUCAGCAACAGCAGUCGAGCCCUUGCUGCUGAAGGAGGGUUGUGAUCAGCUUGGGGUGGGGUCACGCCGCUGAGAUUGUACGCCCUCGUGAUGUCUCGUGGCUGCAAGAAUUGUAUGAUGACCCAAUACUCAGGAGCGGGUUCUUUAUCAUAUUCCCUUCUACAUAUCAUCUGCUACUUUGGACAUGUUCUUUUGCGCUUUAUCAAUUUUCUUCGUCCUAAUUCUAGGCUUCUCUGCUCCUA